AUGGUCAGCGCUCAGUACCAUGAAUAUUACUAUUUCAAAUUUGUGAAAUGUUUUAAUGUGCAUCACGUCUCACAAAAAGAACUGACGAAAGAGCAAAACUAUAUAUAUCAUAUAGGCGACUUCAUCGCAGCAUUAAACAUCAAAGUAUCAUUCUCCAGACAACAGUGCAACGAUGAAUAUUUCGUUGAAUUUGACGGAACAACGCUGAUCAAUAUCGUCAUACCGUUGCUGUUGGUAGAAUUCAUUCUAGAAUCAAUCGGCAAUGCUGUUGCUUUGUGGAUCUUUUGCUUUCGGUGGAAACCUUGGAAACUGAGUACGAUCUAUUUGUUUAAUCUGACAAUAGCAGAUUUUCUCUUGAUGUGUUGCCUACCAUUUCGUUUGGCUUACUGUGUAAACAAAAAGGACUGGAUCCUCGGAGAUAUCGUCUGUCGUGUGUUAUUUAUGGUGUCGUUGAAUCGUGCAGGCAGUACUGCCUUUUUCACACUCGCGGCAAUAGAUCGUUAUUUUAAAGUUGUCCAACUUCACCAUAAAUUUAAUUCUGUGUCACAAAGAUAUGCUAUAGUGGGCGUAUCUUUUACAUGGACUCUAAUGCUAUUAAUGACCUCGUACCUUCUGUUUGAAAGGCACGUGUUUGAGCAGAAGAACCUUACAUAUUGUGAGAGCUUCCAUUUAUACGAGUCUUUUAAUGUUGCUGCAACUUGGCAUGAUGUAUUUUUUGUUGUUGAGUUUGUAACACCACUUUGUAUUAUUCUGUUCUGCACAUUCUCGAUCAUUUCAAAACUUCAGCACAAACACAGUGAAACUAGAGAAAAAUAUAAAAAGGCUAUACGUAUUGUGAAAACUGUUGUAUAAUAGUAUUCAUACUGUUUCUUACCCAGUAACAGCGGCAGGCUAAUUAUACCCCCACCCUUCUCUCUGACCUAUCACCUCCAUCCCCACCCCCAAAUUUAUC